CAAACGCUACGGGGCAAAUGAAAGAAAGACUGUAAUUACAUUACGAUGCGGUGAACUUUGACUCGAGAGUAUUCACAGGAAAUAUUCUAACGUCCAUUGAUAUUUAAACAAUAUCCAAAAACAUGUUCGCCCGAUUCAUCUCAGUCGCGUUGUUGUCGGCGGUGGUCUUUGCUGGUCAUUACUUCAACGAAGAUGGGACACCGUACGAUCCUUAUCACAAUUUACACGUACCCCAUAAUCCACCGCUUUACCCGGCGUAUCACAAGGUUCCUCGCACCGGUUUCUCUUGCUAUGGUUUGGAGAGCCAGUUGUGGGCAGAUCUCGACUCGCAAUGCCAGGCAUAUCAUCUGUGCCAUGACGGGCAUUUGGUCUCCAGUCAUUUGUGCGCAAAUGGAACUCUCUUCAAUCAACAGUUCCAAGUCUGUGAUCAAUUUUACAACGUCAGAUGCGGCAGCCCAUACGGUGAUCUGUAA